UGGACGAGGCGUAUCUUAUAAGUUAAUGCAUGCGCUCAGACCAAUGGUGAACAUGCACUAGGUGGCUUCUAAUUCAACCCUAUCGUUGUUCAGCCUGACUCAAAGUAGUGGAACUCUCGUGACAAUACAUAGCUACGUAGUUUUAUACAUUGCCGGCAGUCUUCGUGUUGCGGGUACUCGGCGCUUAUGGCAGGGUGAAAUAAGAAUCUAGUCCUGAAGUAUGGUGCCGAUGUUCUCACCUUGUGUGUCCAGGAUUGUGGGAGGAUAUUGCAGGAAUGUUGCCCUCCGGCAUUUGUCUUCACACGCAGCAUCCACCACCAAGAAUGAGGUGCCUGUUCCAGCACAAGAGUCUCAAGAGGAGGCAUUGGCAACCAAAGAGAAGGAGACUUUCUCCCUCCCUGACUACAGGUUCAUCUAUCCUGAGUUUCUGCCGAACCCGGACCUGACCCUACGCCACCGGCUGGCCGAACGCCUGGAGCGCGUUGACAUGCUGCGCCGUCGCUCGCGUAUGGAGAUUCCCGAGUUCUAUGUCGGCAGUGUGCUGGCCGUCACCGUGUCGGACCAGCAGGCGCCCGGGAAGUUGAGCCGCUUCGUGGGCAUCUGCAUCCUGCGAGAGGGGCACGGCCUGCGCGCCACCAUGACGCUGCGCAAUGCUAUCGACCAGCAGGGCGUCGAGAUAUGUUACCCACUCUACAAUCCGACCGUGCAGAAGGUGCAGGUGCUGCGGCUGGAGAAACGCCUCGACGACGACCUCCGCUACCUACGCGACUGUCCGCUCGAGUACAGCACGUUCGCAUUCGACAUGGAGCCGGAGCUGGUGUCCGAGAGCGGCGAGAUCCCCGUCAACACAGUCCAGGUGCCGCUGCGGCCGCGGCCCUGGACCUGGCGCUGGGAGCGGGCCGGCAUGAAGGGGCUGAUCGUGCCUCAGCUGCGCGAGGACUUCUACCAACGCGCCAAGAAGGUGUCCGAGCCCUGGGUCAAGUACGACCUGAUGCGCGAGUACCGCCAGUCCGUGCCCGAGGAAGACCAGCAGCGCAUCUUCGCAGACGUGCACGAGCAUGUGCAGUCGCAGGAGACGGACCAGCGCCGCGUGCGCCGCCGCCGCGAGUUCGUGGCGCCUAAGAAGGCGUCGUGAGGGCGGCGAUGCGUGGGUGGCGGUCGCGGUGAGCUGAAUAGAUGGCGUUGUGGAAGGUCGGUGUGUUGUCGGCUGUAGGCGGCGGCCGGGCGCCGGUGCGCAUCGAACCUCGCCGCUGGAUCGUCAGCGGGCUGCGACGGCCUGGUCGGCAGUCAAUGUCAGACGACGGAUAAUCGGUGAAUAGAGGUUUUCCAUCGUGUCGCGUGCGUCGCGUGCUUUUCUAUAGAGUAAAUCUAAAUACAGUGGCUCCACCGAAGGGCCGUUGCAGGUCUGA